AUGGAUUCAAGGAUGAUGGAAGAGUUUAUUCUGGGAUUUUUCAUUGCUUCUCUUUUCAGGUUUAUCGUGUUAUACAGAUUGUUUGGAAAAAGGCCACAAAAAGCUGCGAUUGAGGCGCAGACAGGUCCCAGUAGUCAUAAAAGUUCUGAAAAUUCUGUAUCCCAGAAAGAUGGAGGAACAGAUGUUGUCAUUGUUGGAGCCGGUGAUGGGCGCCGAGUACAUGUGAUUGAGAGGGACUUAACCCAACCUGAUAGAAUUGUUGGUGAGUUACUACAACCAGGAGGCUACCUCAAAUUAGUCGAGUUGGGAAUGGAGGAUUGUGUAAUUGGGAUUGAUUCUCAGAAAGUGUAUGGUUAUGCACUUUACAUAGAAGGGAAAUAUGCUAGACUGUCCUAUCCUUUGGAAGAAUUCAAUUCAGAUGUUUCCGGUAGAAGCUUUCAUCACGGGAGAUUCAUCCAAAGGUUGCGCGAAAAGGCUGCAUCUCUUCCAAAUGUCAAAAUGGAACAAGGAACUGUAACAUCUUUGGUUGAAGAAAAUGGUACUGUUAUAGGAGUUAAAUUCAAGACUAAAGAGGGUCUAGAAAAUACAGCUAAAGCUCCACUAACAAUCGUAUGCGAUGGUUGCUUUUCAAACUUGAUGUGCGUACCCCAGGUCGAUAUUAUGUCUCAUUUUGUUGGUAUGGUCGUGGUCCUGGAGAACAGCCGGCUCCCUUAUCCCAAUCAUGGACAUGUUAUAUUGGCUAACCCUUCACCUAUUUUGUUCUAUCCUGUCAGUAGCACCGAAGUACGUUGUUUGGUUGAUAUUCCCGGUCAAAAAUUACCUUCAAUUUCUAAUGGAGACAUGGCCAAUUAUUUGAAAACCAAGGUGUCUAAUCAGCUUCCGCCUGAACUUCGGGAUGCAUUCAUCAAUACAGUCGAGAAAGGAGAUAUUAGAACUAUGCCAAACAGAAGUAUGCCGGCAGCUCCAGUUCCCACUCCAGGUGCAAUUUUGCUGGGAGAUGCGUUCAACAUGCGACACCCUUUGACUGGCGGAGGAAUGACUGUUGCACUAUCUGAUGUGGUGGUCCUCCGGGAUCUACUUCGACAUGUACAAGAUUUCAGCAAUGCAGCGGCGCUCACCAAUCAUCUUGAAUCCUUUUACACCCUCCGCAAGGUGCCUUAUACAAGGUAUUCUGUCCUGCACCAGAUCAAGCCAGCAGAGAAAUACGAGGAGUGUUUUGAUUAUUUGAGCCUUGGAGGCAUUUACUCACAAGGACCAAUUGCCCUCCUAUCUGGCUUGAACCCAAGGCCUAUGAGCUUGGUUGCUCACUUCUUUGUCGUGGCCAUAUAUGGUAGUGCAUAUGGCAUCAUAUUUCCCAUCGUGAAGUCGGAAGGAGUACGACAAAUGUUCUUCCCCAUCACUAUUUCAUCCUACAAUAGGGGUGCCUCUAUUGUAAUGAAGAGUGCAAUGUUCGACAUGCUUGGAUAG